AAGGAUAAUAAAAGGAAUUAUUCAUCUCGGGAUGCUCUCGCAUACUUAUACAACUCGCGCGUUAUUUUCCUACCGUUUCCCUCCACUUUCCGCGAUCGCCUCACUAUUGUGCUCACUGGACUAUUACAUACUACUUUCUACUGCUCGUUACAGAUAAUCAGUGGCGAACAAACCUGCCAUCGGCAAUGCGUGCAGCUCGCUGAAGCGGGAUUCGCUAUUAUAAGGACCGCGCAGAUAUUCAAUCGCGCGUUCAUUUUAAUUAACGCGUCUAGUCAGGCGUUUCGACGCAUCCGAAAUAAUUUCUUAAAAAUCUAGUAUAAGCGAGCAAAUGGCGAGUAUGGCAUUUAAUGAUACGAAGUACUUAAUCAACGUCGGCGAUCAAUUAAAGCCACACGCUUCUCUUAUCUUUAAUUGUUUUGACAUUUCAUAACUGAUUCCCUUAUCGGAAAUGAGCUCGCGAUAAUUUCUCGAUAAUGACUGUAACAACAGUACACAAAGUCACGUGACACUAUCUAAUUGCGUAUGUUCCAUAGGAUACAAAACGGGAAGAGCAAUUUGCAGUUGCAUUCGUAUCACUCACUUGGACAUAUCGAUCGAUUAGUAUCUCUCCCACAAUGUCGAUUCUCGCAAGUCGUCCUCGUUUUGCUCUUGGCGAGAGUCUCGUCAGAAGAAAACGAAUCGACUUGCCAUAACGAUUACAAUGUCCGUCACUACAAGGGAGUGCUUGUCGAAGUUACGCAACAUGGUUCUGAAGAUCGAUGGACAUUGGCAAGUUGAUUCUUCAAAAGAUUCGUGAAGACGCCUUCAAGAACUUAUCGGUGACGCAGUUAUAUCUAUGUUAUCACAACCGGAUAUGCGUGCUGAAGAGGGAAUUUUUGCCCAACUUAUUUCUCAAGUUAGCUAGCAAAUGCAGUUAUCCGAGCACUUGUUUCCGAAAUUGCCUCAUCCUCGAUCACUGUCAUUGAACUUCAACAAAAUCGAGUUAGAUACCAAAAAACUCAUUUGCUGGCCUGACAUGAAAUUUGACAUGGCUCUUCUUGAGUUACAUAUCGGCCUUCGAAAUCCUGGAAUCCUUUGCGAAUUUCAAAAUGAUGAAAUAUUUAUCGCUCAAUAAAAUAUAAUAUAUUUCAGAAAUAUUUCUGAUAUUUCUAAUAUUUCAGAAAUAUCUACGUCUCAGCUGGAAUAUCUACGAUUGAACGGAAACAAACUACCUCACAUUGUACCCGGAUUGCAGGACUCUCUAAACUUAUAGUACAAGUUAUGGUGCUGUCCAACAAUGCGAUUCACGAUAGAUAGUGCUUUUUCGAACUCUGUCAAGUUACAAGAUCCUUACUUUGCUGACAACACUGAAAUUAGUAAAAACCUUACUUGAAAUAUACUUAAACUGUGCUUGAACUUCAAUUGGCUAGAAGACUUACUGACUUUUUCCAUGUUGAACAAACUGAAGACACUCAGCUUAAGCCGUCAGGAUUCGAGGAUGCUUCUAUAUGACUUGAUCGAUUGAGGGCACUUUUUCUUAAUCGGAACAAGAUCAGCACUCUCGAUCCGAGGAACGUUUCAGGAACUAUCUGGGAACGAACAUGUUCAGCGCGUUCUUAUACGACUUGGUUGAUCUAAAGGAACUCAAUCUUCGACAGAACUAUAUCAACUCUUUCGAGCCGGAAAUGUUUCGAGAACUCAGUUAAAGUGAUUACGAUUGAACAGAAACAAACUAUCUCACAUUGUAAUCGGCACUUUCUUAGGAUUUUCGAAUUUGAAAAGUAUUGGGCUGUGCAAUAAUGAAACCCAAAUGUUCCAUUUGUUCACUCACUUGGGCGUAUAGAUCGGUUGGUCCCUCUCGCGAUGUCGCGAUUUCUUCUGUUCUUCUCGCAAGUCGUUUUGUUGUUCUGGACGAGAGUCUCGUCAGAGGAAAACGAAUUGACUUGCCGUAACAUUAACGAAUACAAUGUGUGCCACGACAAGGAGGUACUUAUCAAAGUUACACAACGUGGUUCUGAAAAUAAAUUGGAAAUUGGCAACUUGGCUCUUCAGGAGAUUCGUGAAGAUGCAUUCAAGAACUUAUCGGCGACACAAUUGGAUCUAACCAACGGUAACCAGAUAUCCGUGCUGAAAAGGGAAUCCUUCCGCGGUUUACCUAACUUGAAGUUUCUCGACUUGGAUAACAACAUGGUACCAUUGUCUGAGUAUUUGUUUGCGGAAUUAUUAUCUCUCCAGUCGCUAUCGCUAGGCUCCAACAAAAUCGAAUCCAUACCAGAGAAUUCAUUUGCCGGCCUGUUGAAUUUAACAUUGCUCUUCUUGGCUUACAACAGUAUCACGGCAAUCGAAGCAGAAUCCUUCGGACAUUCCAAACUAGUGGUUUUGUGGCUCAAUAAAAAUAAAAUUUCCUGCGUGGCGCCCGAUUCCUUCGCCGGAUUACCUGAAUUGGAAAUUCUGCACUUGGACUACAAUCAGCUGAAGGACUUGCCAAACGGCGCUUUCCGAGGAUUGACCAGAUUGAAGACUCUCUUCUUAAAUAACAAUCAGAUAACAAGCGUCUCCAGAAUGCUGCUACGCGACUUGGUUGGUUUGGAGAGACUCUAUCUUGGUCAGAACGAAAUCAGCACUCUCGAACCGGGAACGUUUCAGGAACUGUCUCAGUUGCAGGAGCUAGACUUGAAUGAAAACAAACUGUCUCACAUUGUAGUCGCCGGCACUUUUGUAGGGCUCUCCAAUCUGAAACGAAUCGGGCUCUCCGACAAUGAAAUUCAUACGGUGGAUGAUGACGCUUUUUCUGAUCUCGUCAAAUUGGAAUAUCUCUACUUCUACGGCAACAACUUCACUGAAAUUGAUAAGGAAAUCAAUGGCCUUCCGUUCAAUGUUACAAUUGUCAUAUAGGAAUCUAUUUAUAUCUUAAUUUAAAAAUAUUUAAAAAAUUAAAA